AUGGCUCGUAACAGUAAUGAAAACGACGAUGGAAAUAUCGAUCCGGCGUCCAUAGUUUCGAACGUUAAAAGUUGCAUUAAACAGGAAAUUAUUAAAGAGCUUUUACAUGGAUCAUUUCAAGACAAUAAAACCAAACUCGGUAACGAUGCCUUAACGCUCGUAGUUGAAGUGGCCAAGUGCCUCGUUACGGAAACUUGCUUGAGGGCAGCCAGCCAAGCGGUCAAGGAGAAUAGUGACAAAGUUGAAAUUGAGCAUGUAGAAAAAUGUUUGCCACAGUUGAUGUUGGAUUUUCAAUGA